AUGUCGUCGCCGUCGUACUCGUCGUACCUCGGGAGGCCGGCCUACUGCGCCAUGGCCCUCGUCCUCCUCCUCACCCUGCUCUGCAUCACCUUCCCCGCCUACCUGCGCAACCCGGUCAGCGUCGCCAGCUGCUUCACGGGAGCCGACGUCCGUGCCGCCGCCGCCCAACCAGCGGCGUCAGCGUCGGCGGCGUUGGUGGCGGACGACGGGGGCCGCCGCCCGGACCAGCUCAGCAUCCUGGUCGGCGUGCACACGAUGCCCAAGAAGCACUCCCGGCGGCACCUGAUCCGGAUGGCGUACGCGGUGCAGCAGACGGCGGCCCUCCGCGGCGCCGCGCGCGUGGACGUCCGGUUCGCGCUCUGCGCGCGGCCGAUGCCGGCCGAGCACGGCGCGUUCGUGGCGCUGGAGCGCCGCGCCUACGGCGACGUGCUGCUCUUCAACUGCACCGAGAACGCCGAGGACGGCAAGACGUACACCUACUUCGCGGACCUGCCGGCCAUGCUCGGCGCCGCCGGGGGCGAGGGACGCCCGCGGCCGUACGACUACGUGAUGAAGGUGGACGACGACACGUACCUCCGGCUGGACGCGCUGGUGAAGACGCUGCGGCGGGCGCCGCGGGAGGACAUGUACUACGGCGUGGGCCUGCCGUUCAUGGACCGAAAGUCGCCGCCGUUCAUGCUUGGCAUGGGGGACGCGCUCUCCUGGGACCUCGUCCAGUGGAUCGCCACCUCCGACAUGGUCAGGAGGAAGGCCAAAGGCGUGGAGGAUGUGACCACGGGGAACUGGCUGAACGAGGGGGGCAAGGCCAAGAACAGGGUGAACAUCUUCCCCAGGAUGUACGACUACAAGAGCGCCGAGGCCAAGGAUUUCCUGGAGGACACCAUCGGCGUGCACCAGCUCAAGGAGGACAUCAGGUGGGCGCACACGCUGGCGCACUUCAACGCCACCUACGGCGACCUCCGGCCUUCCAGAGAGGGGAGCUCAUAG